AUGCUUUAUGACACUGCGCAGCACAUUAUGAAGCACUUCGAGGAGACCUCCAGGCUGGGGCAGCAGGGCCUCAUCCCCCACCAGGUCUUCGAGAAGAAGAUGACGUGGCUGGUCUACAUGAUGGGUGCGCUGGUUGGAGGCCAUGCAUCAGCGAAGGCCAACCGUACAGACACCGACUGCGCCCCGACUCAUGUCGUCAAUGGCGAGCUGGCCGGCCGCAUCUUCCGUUUGGUGAACCUCACGGUCCAGACCAAACAGGUCUGCGAAGGCUUGGAGAUUGCGUACUUGUACUUCCUGGAGCAGUUCCGGAAGUUGUACAUUGGUGAGCAUGCAAAGCAGGUAGUGCAGCAGCAGGUGAACGAGCGGCUGGCCACCGUCUUGGGUUUGGAGGAUGAGAAUGCGGUGCUUGGCCUGCUGAUUAACAAGAUCGGAAACAACCUGCAGCAGCGAUACCAGCUGGAGACGGUGGUGAAGAAGACGCUGGCCCUGUUUCAUGAGCUGGCCGCCGGCAUCAACAUCGUGCAUACCUCAGAUAGAUCACCUCACCUCAUCGUGUGCGGGCGGCUCCUGCUCAAGAACGAGAUGGUGAAGUACAUCUUGAGCAAUCACGCCUCCCCGGAGUUCGGGUUCCUGACCUACAGCCUGCAGUAUGGGAAGUACAGGACCAUGUACUACCACACUCUUGGCAAGCUGCUCUUCAUGGACAUACGGGACAACAAGGAGGCCUUUGAGAAGUUUAUGGAGCCCCAAGGUCAGAUCCUCACGCAGCUGUGGCAGCAGAGCUGCCAGAAUCCCCAGCUGCUUCGUCAGGAGCAGGUCAAGCCAGCCUUGAUCGGCCUUUGUCGCGACUUGCGUGGGAUCGGCCUCGCCUGCACCAGUUGCGAGCCGUACUCGAUGCUCUUCGAUUGGCUGGUAGACAAUCCGAAGAAUCCCUCGGCCAACCGGGUGAAUCUCUUCGCCCGCGCGCUGGAUGCGUGGUGGGAUGAUCCUGAGGUGACCACGCCGCUGCUGAAGUUUAUGGCGGAGUUCGUCCACAACAAGGCGCAGCGCAUCACCUUUGACCAAUCCUCCCCAAACGGCAUUCUGCUUUUCAGAGAGGCUUCCAGCAUUCUGGUCACAUACGGCACCCGGAUCCUGCAGCGCACCCAGUUCCGGGACGUUUAUGUGGAGAAGUACAAGGGCAUCGGCGUUUGCCUCGACAUGUUCUCCCACGCGCUGCACGGGAACUACACGAACUUUGGUGUCUUCGAGCUCUACAGUGACAACUCCUUGUCCAACUCUAUGGCCCUGGCGCUGCGGAUGUGUCUUGCGAUCCCGCUGCAGGAGCUGAAUGCCUACCUCAAGGCCCUGAAGCCAUACUAUUACUUUGUGGAGCUGCCUGGCCGACGAAGCUCCCAAGACAAGGGGAGUGAUGAAGCGCGAAAUCGGUCAGUUGCAAGGCUCUAA